AUGACUUCUGUGCUGCGCUUUCGCUCGAUCUGGGGUGUUGAUGCUGGAGUCAACUAUGAGAACUGGGAUAAGUGGUUUCCUAGCCUAAAGGCCCAGGGCUACACUGGGGUGGAAAUAGACAUUGCGCCUUUUGAGGAUUUAGUCUCAAUCCGCCGGCUUUGCGACGAAAUUGGUCUGGAGAUCAGUGUCUUAAUUCAUACACUAUGGCCCAUGUAUGCCGGUCCGAAGCCCGCUGGCCUCACACCUAAGGAUCACCUUGCCGGCUAUCGCACGCAACUAGAGCGCGCCAAGACGCUGAAACCCUAUAAAAUCAAUGCGCAUUCCGGAGACGACCAAUGGUCGGUUGAUGAGGCAGUCGAGUUCUUCGAGGGCUCUCUGGUCGUAGACGCCGAGGUCGGGCUUCAGGGCAAGGUCUGUCACGAGACCCACCGGAAUCGAGCCUUUUUCAGUCCAUACACCACCGCGAAGGUAUUGAAGAGGGUGCCUAGUCUGCGUGUGACGGCUGACUUUUCCCACUUCGUUGUUGUCUGUGAACGGCUGCUGGACCAAGGCGAGGAGGAUAAGGAGCUGCUCCACACAAUAAUUCCCCAUGUGAGUCACCAGAAACUUCGCGACGAAGCCGACAUAUGGAAGGCUGAUUACUUCAAGGUCAAUCAUAUCCAUGCGAGAAUGGGCACGACACAGUCGUCGCAAUGCCCAGAGCCAACGAACCCGAUCUUCAAGGAUGAAAGACGGUUCUUUGAAGAUUCAUGGAAACAGAUUAUCGAGGCAUUUGCGACUGGCACAUUUAAGUCAGAACCUAUUACAUUUGUCCCUGAGUAUGGACCUUUUCCCUAUCACCCAUUCGGUGCUGCUAGUGACUUCUCCGACGUCGCCGAUAGAGAAGCUAGCCGUCUCCACCCGCUGUUUGAAGAGUGGGCUAAGGCAGCAGUGGCGCGUUCAUAG